AGCCACUCAAAAAUCCAGCACGAACGAGCUGUGGACGGUGGAGGGUGGGCAAAGGGUUUUUAUCGCAGCCAUCAUUGUGGGUCAAAAGCACUCCAUUGCAGUGUAGUAAAACAACGAUAAUCUUGUCCAGCUCUUGGUGUUUGAUUCUCUGUGUGUUUUUCUUCCUCGACUGAACCCAACCAACCAACCAUCCACUCAAGAAAGAAGCAAAAUAAUGUCGGCUACCGCAAGCAGCGAUACUACCGCCAGCAGUGAUGACAAUGUGGAGCAAGCCAAGCUCAAGGCUAGCUGUGACAAUUACGUGUCUAAUGGAUUGACGGGAAACAGGACGAUUCAAUUCUUGAUUCAACAGCUGGAUAGCAUGGGUUGUUCGCCACCAGAAGGAUUCAUUCGCUGCACGGACUGUGGACCCUUGAAGGCACUGGGCGCCUUUCAUUUGCUCUCGGAAGAAACGACUGCCAGCGUUCCUACUACGAGCGUAUCGGAGGCAACCCAUCAUACUGAUCAGCCAACAACAACACAAAAGUCACUGCCAGCAGCUUGCAGCUCGUACUUUAUGGACACGCUGAAACGGAUUCGUGCAUCGAGCAACACGGAUCUUGCCGCACAAGAUGCGAUGAUGGAAACAAUCAACAACAGCAACACAAAAACAACAGAAACGAUCAAAACACCGGAAAUCUUUCUCUGUCAACAACAUUUAUCCAGUCAGGACCAAACGCAUCGCACCAUUAUUCACGAACUCAUUCAUGCUGUCGACACGUGCCGGUCCAAAAUGGAUCCCCAAUCCAAUUGCAUUCAUUUGGCGUGCACCGAAAUCCGAGCGGAAAAUCUCUCGGGAGAAUGCAAUUUUAAGAAUGAAUUGUUCAAGAUUGGACCGCAUUCGCUGAAACAACAUGGCCAGGAAUGUGUCAAACGCCGUGCCAUGCUCUCUGUCAAUGCUCACCCUAGGUGUCGCGAACGUGCCGAAGAAUAUGUCGAUGCUGCCAUGCACCGAUGUUAUCAAGAUGUAUUUCCCUUUGAGAGGCAUCCCAAUGAAGGGCCGUCUCUGUAAUAUACAUAUACAUUUAUUUGUAGAAUUAAAUGAUGCCUUAGUGCCUUAUAGCUGUCGUACAGUAGAGGCACAUUGACUAUUACUUUAGGAGGUCGGUUACUAC